AUGGCUGAUUCAUCAAACGAACAAUUAAACAAAGUUGGUCAACCUAAAAAGAAUAAAAAAGCCAAAUGCACUAAUGAUGAUAGAUAUCCAUUAUCACAAAAAACAUUCUUUAAUGAUGAUAAUAAAAAAUUAAAAAAUGACAUAAGGAGAAAGGGACCACCACAUCCGUACUAUUCAAUAACAUAUAGAGAUGCAGUUAUAGAUGCACCACCAGAUUUCAAGAUACGCCAAAAUUAUAAUAAUAAUGGUAAACUAUUUGACUUCAGAGGAAGACCGUUCUGGCAUCCAAAAUUUGAUUUAAAACUUUUGGAAAAAAAAGUGAUAAAUAAAAUGAUUUCUGCUGAAAAAGCACAACAUGACAUUGAUGCAAGUGACAGCUCAACAACAGAUCAAGAUUUAGUUAUUAAACCAGAAGACCAAGAAGAUUAUGUAAAUGGUAAAUUAAAAUUUUAUGAAAUGCCAGUUCAUGAGUCAUUAAAUGUUCAUCCUUGGGGUGCAUUAUCAUUAAUUGAAGAGAAGUCAAAAUAUUUUACCACAGAUAUUAUUAAAAGUAAUUCAAUAAAAGCAGCACUAACAAUUUCAAGAAUGAGUAAUAAAACUGAAAAAACAAAAGAAGAUGAUUUUUAUGGUUUAACUAGACCAAAAAUAACAUGGGGACCUAUGCCAACGGCAAUUGUUGUCUAUACGAGAUUAAAACCAAAAGAACAAAUUAGUGUUAAAUAUACUCCAAAAGAUUUUUAUAAAACUUCUAGAGGAAGUCCUGAUGACAAUACUGAAGGUGAUGAUUAA